AUGCCAUUACGCCAACCACCUCGUAGAGUACCAGUACAUUAUCAGCCUCAGUUGGAAUCGAUGACAAAAGAUAUGCUAGAAAAAAAGAUUAUUGUACCAUCUUCAUCACCCUGGGCAUCGCCUAUUGCUUUAGUGAAAAAGAAAGACUCCUCCCUACGACUGUGUGUAGACUACAGACGCUUUAAUGCUAUAACCAAACGCGAUUGUUUUCCACUUCCACGGAUUGAUGCUACAUUAGAUGCUAUGAAAGACGCUCGCUGGUUCUCGACUCUAGACUUAGCAUCAGGGUAA